AUGCCGGACCUCAACGCGCACGGUCUUGACCCGAACUGGGUCGAGCCGGACGACCUUCAGGUGCAAAGUUUCUUCAACACUCUGCACGAGAGGUAUGUCACUGAAGAGCCGCAGCUCAUUCAGGACACCUCACCGGCAGAGUUGGACUACAUGGCCACGAGGGUGGCGGAGGCGCAACGCGCCGCAGAAGAGGCGGCGCUUGCCGAGGCGGCCGGCAGCGCCGGCGGCGUAGAGGACAAGGCCGUGACGACUGCGGAGGAGGAGGAGCUCGCCAGGUGGGCACGAGCCGCUGUGGAGGUCAGCAACGCCAGCACCGGGGCUCCUCUAGUCGAGGACGCAGGCGACGGGCCGUCGGGGGAGGAGGAGGAGGACGGGGCCGGCAACCCUUCGGCCCCAAGGAGGAGGCGACUGCGCCGGGCUACUUCUAGCGGCCCGGUACGCCCUGUUGAGGCCGCGCGGCGGCCUAGAUCUCCGGUGGAGCCCGUGCGCCAGGCGAAGGCCGCGGCGGCGAAGAAGGUGGUGAAAGCCGCGGUGGCGAUGAGGAAGGCAUCCGCUUCCUCUUCGUCCAAGCACGUGCAGACCCCGCCUUCCUCUCCUCCUCUGGCGAGCACCGGCGGGAGGGCUGAAUUCAAGUUUGGGACCCUCAGCCCGCCGAGGAAGAGGAAAGCGGCAGAAGAGAAGGUGGAUCAUGAGGACGUGGAGACGCUGGCCCAGAGGGUAAAGAGGGCCAAAGCCUCGGCGAGCGGCCAGCACCCGGCUGGUACUUCAGGGGCACCGCUGGUGGUGCUGAGCAGCCCAGACAGCAGCCCCCGGCACAGCCCCCAGCGUAAGUUCUUGAUCCCCCCUCGUCGACAUGUGUUAGAGGUACGACGCCCCGGCGCUGACCUUGCCGGGUGCGCAGGAGGAGAGCAGCGGCAAGAGGAGCCACAGAGUGCCACCCCUAACGCGCCGCCCCUGUCAACCACAUCGCUCCGAGGAGCGUCUCCGGCAAGGGCGCCCAACGUCGAGCCCACGCGCAUGGAGGAGGAGGAGAACUUAGGCACCGGUGGCUCCACCUCGGCGCCAGGUGUUGGCGGGGAGGAGACUUCUGCUUCCCAGCCUGAUCCCUUCUUGACAGAUCGGGAGGACCUGGACACCGUCAUCGGGGACGUGGCCAAGGAUGCCGCGGCGGAAGCUGAGAAGAUCGUCGCCGAGGAGGCCGGCAUGGACGCUGCCGAGGAAGCUGGCAAGGCCACCGCCGAGGGAGCCGGCAAGGCCACUGCCGAGGAGGCCGGCAAGGGACCUGCCGCGGGGGCCGGCGAGGCCGCCACCGAAGAGACUGGCAAGGGGCCCGCCGGGGAGGCCAGCGCGGCUGCCGCCGAAGAGGAGGAGGAAGUGGCAGUUGAUCGGCCUUCUUCCUCUGCUGCCCCUGGCCCUGGUAGGUAUCUAAGGGUGAGCGACGACUUGUUCGUCCACCUCCCAGGUGCGCCUAGCACCAGGGCACCCGUCGAGGGGGAGGUUUUUGACGGCGAAGUGCUUGCCGCCGUCGGGCUUGAGGUCGUCGACGAGCCAAGCGGCGAGCUGGCCAAGCGGGACGUGGAGCUCGCCAUGAAGCUGGCCGACGUCGAGAAGGCCCAGGAGGUGGCGAAGAACCUGGCUGCCGCCACUGAAGCUGCCCGGAGGCACAGAGAGGCGCUCGAUGCCGAGGCCUUGGUCUACGCCGGCAGUGUGGAGGAGCUGGAGGCGGAGCGGGAUGGGCUGAAGGACCAGGCCCUGCGGUUGGCCGAGGAGAAGGACACGCUCAACGGCGCCCUGACGGAGGAGCAAGGCGCCAUCCUCGUCAAGGCUGAGCAGCUUUCCACGGCCAACGACUCCAUCAAGGACCUGACGUCGAAGCUGGAGGCCCUUGAGGGGAUACUCUCGGAGGCCAAGGCCCGGGAAGGGACCCUGGCCAAGGCAUUGGAGACCGAGAGGCAGCUGCGGAAGGACGAGGCCGCCAUCCACAAGGACUUCAUGGAUGCCGAGGACCGCUGGAUCGGCCUCCUCGAGGACGUCGCCGACAAGAUCACCGCACAGCUGGCCACCAUGGGCAUGCCAACCGUGAGGUAUGCUCGGGAGCACAGCGGGUCCACCCGCGCCAAGCUGACUCUAUUCUUCGAGGUUGUCCUUGGUGCGUUGGAGCAACUCCAGUCGAACCGAGAAAGCACCUUGGCCGACGAGUCCCGGCACAUGUGCCUGGGCGCCAUGACCAAGGUCCUCACCAAGCUGGCCUUCCGGUACCCCGGCAUCGACUUCAACGACGCGGUGGACAGCUUGCCGGACGACGCGGUCCUCUCUGGGAUCGAGGAGCGCAUCAAGCCCGUCACCAGCCACAUCAGUGGAAUCGAGAGGGUGGAGGGCCAGCGCCGGGACUAG